AUGCUUCCUUGUAUAGAAGAAAAUACAAUUUCAAAAUCCAAAUGCAUUGAAGAGUCUCCUGAUGAAAUUUCCCUGUAUCUCUAUGUCAUAGCAAGAGAGAGGAUAUCCCCCUCACAUAAUACCAAAUUCCACCCCUCCUAUUUCCUCCUGCUGGGAGUUCCAGGCCUUGAAGAGAUUCACAUCUGGAUUGGGUUUCCUUUUUGUUGUGUGUAUUUGAUUGCCCUUGUGGGGAACAUCACUAUCCUGUUUGUGAUCAAGAAUGAACACAAUCUUCAUCAGCCUAUGUUUUACUUCUUGGCUAUGUUAGCCUCCAUUGAUCUGGGCCUGUCCACAUCCGCUGUCCCCAAAAUGUUGGGCGUAUUCUGGUUUAAUUUAAAGGAGAUUAGCCUUGGGGGCUGUGUCACCCAGAUGUUCUUUAUUCAUAUAUUCACUGCCAUGGAGACUGUUGUGUUGGUGGCGAUGGCCUUUGAUUGCCAUGUUGCCAAGCAAUCUCUGAGAUACAGCCUGAUUCUCAUGAACAGGAUGAUUGGUCUCACCCUUGUUGUGCUGUCUGUCAUCAAUUUCAUUUUGGUUAUCCCUCUGGUGUUUCUUGUCUUGAGCCAUAUAAUCCCCUACACAUACUGUGAGCACAUGGGAAUUGCUUGGCUGGCCUGUGCCAAUAUAAAGGUAAACAUAUUUGGAUUAAUUCUUCUAUCAGUGGUGUUUGUUGAUGUUGUUCUGAUUGUCAUCUCCUUCGUAAGACUACUUCAAGCUGUCCUCUGCCUUCCUUCUCAGGAUGCCACACUCAGAGCACUUCAUACAUGUGGCUCCCAUAUCUGUGUUAUUCUAGCCUUCUUCACUCCAGCUUUUUUCUCCUUCUUCACCCACUGGUUUGGCAGGAAUGUUCCCGUAUACAUUCACAUUCUCCUGGCCAAUCUCUGUGUUGUUGUUCCACCUGCCCUCAAACCUGUCAUCUAUGGAGUGAGAACUAAGCAUAUUUGGGAAAAGAUUUCAGGUAUCUUUUUGAAAAAAGACUGA